AUGUCGAGCAAGGACGAGGGCAUCUCCACAGCGCCGAGCUCCGAGGGCAGCGGUCCGGACACUUGGGUGGUCCGCAACACAUUCCUGGAGCUGUCUGAGCGCGAGGUUGGAGACGCUUCCCACCGAGCUGCCUCCGACCCUGGCCUCCGCCGGAGCAAGCAGGAGCCAGAGGCGAAGGUCGAAGAGCAGGAUCCGGCGCCUGACUGGUCGCAGGUGGCGCUUCUGGAGGCGGAGCGCCGCGAGCUGGCGGAGGAGCUGGCGAAGGUCCACGUGCACCAUGGCCGAUGCACCGGCGCGGCUCCUUUUCGGAGGCCAGAGGAAUUCAAUCUGAACCGGCUGGAGGAAGAGCUGGCAGAUCUCCGCGACAGGGAGGAUGCUGCCAACACCAGCCUGUGCGCUGCGCAGCAGGGCCUGCAACGGAUGCAGCAGGUAGCUGGUGCCCGCCAGGCUCAACUCUCCGAGGAGUACGCCGCGAAGAUGGAGGAGAACCAAGAGCUCGAGGAGGAGUGCGCGCGGCUGCAGGAGGAGGUGGCCACGGCCAAGGCCGACAUGGCCAGUGCCAAGCGCAAAGCGCCGAGGGCCAAGGGCCGGGCUGCGCCUCCGGCGCCCUCGCCGGCCAUGCUGGAGGCGCAUCGCCGGCGGACGGAGGCGCUGCUUGCGCUCUCGGAGGCCCGGGUCGCAGCGUCCAGGGCCGCGACUGAGGCCGAUGAGGCGGAGCAGGCAGCUGAGCAACUUGAGGUGGAGCUGGAGGAGAAGGAGGAGCAGAUGAAGGUGGCGGUGGCACAGGCGGAGCAGUCGCUCGCAGCAGAGGAGGGCCAUUUUGUGGACCAGCUGCAGGCUGUCGAUGAUCAGCUUCAGCACAUGGGGAGGUGCCGAAAGGACCUGCAGCACCGCUGCGCAGUGCGCAAGGGCAUUUUGGACAAGUGCCGCAGCCGUCGCGGGCAGAUGGCUUCCAAAGUGGCACGCGCUGAAGGCAGAGCUUCGGCCAUGCAGGCGGAUGCCGAGAUGGAAUCUCAGGAGCUACAUCACUUGAAGGACUGUGUGGAGCAGUUCAAAGGCGUGGAUGGAACACGUGCAGCUUCUCAGCUGCACGCGGCAGUGAGGCUGCGAGCCGUCACCCGGUUUCUACUGCUGCUGGCGCUCAUCCUUCUGGUGGCCUCGUUCGGGUUCUGA